AAACGAAACUCAGCCAACCUUUCUCUCUCUCUCUCUCCCUGUGUGUGUAUGACUCCUGCAAAAUGGCAGGUAUUUCAACCGAUCAGUAUCAGUUUAGCUGUCCAGUGUGUCUGGACCUCCUAAAAGAUCCAGUUUCUACUUCCUGUGGCCACAGUUUCUGUAAGGUGUGUAUUAAUGACUUUUGGGAUUGUGAGGAUGUAAAGGGUGUCUACAGCUGUCCUCAGUGUAGAGAGACUUUCACUCCAAGACCUGUUCUACGCAGGAACACCAUGCUGGCUGAAGUGGUGGAGAAACUGAAGAAGUCUGAAGUCCAACCUGCUUCUCCUGCUCACUGUUACGCUGGACCUGGAGAUGUGGAGUGUGAUUCCUGCCCCGGGAGAAAACGCAAAGCUGUUAAUUCCUGUCUGGUGUGUCAGGCAUCCUAUUGUAAAGACCAUCUUCAACCUCACUAUCAGUCUCCUGCCUUUAAGAAGCACAAGUUAGUGGAAGCCUGUGAGCUCCAAGAGAAGAUCUGCUUUCAGCAUGACAAACCGAUCGAGAUCUACUGUCGUACUGACCAAAGCUUCAUCUGUUACUUGUGUACGAUGGAUGAACACAAAGGCCAUGAGACGGUUUCAACUAAAGCAGAAAGGACUGAAAAACAGAAUGAGCUAAAUGAGGAGCAGAUGAAAUCCCAGACAAGGAUCCAGAAGAAGCAGAAGGAGGUGCAGGAGCUGGAAAAGACUGUGACCACUAUUAAGAGGCGUUCACAGGCAGCAGUAGAUGAGAAUGAGAGGAUCUUUACUGAGCUGAUCAGCCUUAUGGAGAAAAAGCGCUCGGAGGUGACGGAGCUGAUCAGAGUUCAGGAGAAAGCUGAACUGAGUCGAGCUGAACGACUCCUGAAGCAACUGGAGCAGGAGAUUGCUGAUCUUAAGAGGAGAGUCACUGAGCUGGAACAGCUUUCACACACACACGAUGACAUCCACUUCCUCCAGAGUUUCCCGUCUCUCUGUGUUUCUCCUGGAUGUGAGGACUCACCCAGCUUCACUGUCAAUCAACAUCUCACAUUUGAUGGAGUGAUGAAAUCGCUCUCACGUCUAAAAAAACAAAUCGAGGAAAUCUGUGGGAAAAAAAUCAGCAAAAUUCUUUCAGAAGCUUCAGCAGGUCAGAUGUUGCUCUCUGAACCGAAAAGCAGAAAGGAUUUCCUGCAGUAUUUCAAAUAUUUCACCCUGGAUCCUAACACGGCAUACCCUAAACUUGUUCUGAAGGAGAAGAACAGAGCAAUGGUGUGCAGUGGGACAGAUCAACAAUACUCUGAUCAUCCAGAGCGAUUUGACUAUUGGGUUCAGGCAUUGUGUAAGGAGAGUGUGUAUGGACGCUGUUACUGGGAGGUGGAGUGGAGUGGUGGUGUGUACAUGGCAGUCUCAUACAAAGGGAUCAGCAGGAAAGGACGAGGUGAUGAGAGUAUGUUUGGACGGAACAAUCAGUCCUGGAGCCUGCGAUGUUCUUCUACUUCUGUCUCUUUCUGGCACAACAAUGUUGAGACCGAGAUCCAAGGUUCAGCCUUCUCCAGGAUAGGAGUGUAUGUGGAUCACAGUGAAGGAACUCUGUCCUUCUACAAUGUCUCUGACACGAUGAUGCUCCUCCACAGAGUCCACACCACAUUCACUCAAACUCUGUAUGCUGGGUUCUGGGUAUUUUAUAACUCAACUGUAAAGUUAUGUGAUCCAAAUUUCCGUUAUCUGACUCUGGAUCCCAAAACAGCAAAUUAUGAACUCAUUCUGUCUGAGAAGAACAGAUCGGUGACACGUAUUAGGACACGACAGCAAUACUCUGAUCAUCCGAAGAGAUUUGACUCCUGGUCUCAGGUGUUGUGUAAGGAGAGUGUGUGUGGACGCUGUUACUGGGAGGUGGAGUGGAGCGGUGAUGGUGUGUUAAUAUCAGUCUCAUAUCAAGGGAUCAGCAGGAAAGGACAGGGUGAUGAGUGUGUGUUUGGAUUCAACAGUCAGUCCUGGAGUCUGAGGUGUUUUUCUUCCUCUGUAUCUUUCCGGCACAACAGCAUUGAGACUGAGCUCCGAGGUCCAGCGUCCUCCAGAAUAGGAGUGUAUGUAGAUUACAAUGCUGGAACUCUGUCCUUCUACAGUGUCUCUUACACAAUGAGGCUCCUCCACAGAGUGCGCACCACAUUCACUCAGCCUCUGUAUGCUGGGUUCUGUAUGGGUACUAACUCAACUACAAGGUUAUGUGAUAAUAAAGGUGUAUUGAUGGUUGGUCCUCCAGGUACCGGCAAGACCAUGCUGGCUAAAGCUGUAGCUACAGAGUGCGGUGUAGGAAGGGUGUCAGAAAACGAUGACCCCUCUAAAAUGGUGAUGGUUCUGGCUGCAACAAACUUUCCAUGGGACAUAGAUGAAGCCCUGAGGAGGAGGCUGGAAAAGAGGAUUUAUAUUCCUCUGCCCACCGAUGCAUCCAUGAUGGCAAUGCAUCAGACGAUUCAAGGUUUGAGCCCAGGAGAGAUUCUAGUGCUGUCUAAAGGCGACCUGCAGAUGACUAUUGCUUCACUGGAAGUAAGCCGAAGCUGUUCAUUCUUGUCUGUUCAUCCUAAGACUAUCAGCCUGUGCAGAGCUCCACGAGAAGGUCUGCUCUCACCAGACAAACCUCUUUCGAGAUUAAGAUCUGACCACAGCUUCAUCCGUCACUUGUGCAUGGUGGAUGAACACAAAGACCACAAUAUGGUUUCUACAGCAGAAAUUAUAGAUGAACAGAAUGAGCUAAAGGAGGAGCAGAUAAAAUCACAGCUGAGGAUCCAGGAGAAGCAGAAGAAGGUACAGGAGCUGAAACAGAUUGUGGACACAAUUAAGAGUCAUUCACAGAGAGCAGUAGAUGAGAGUGAGACGAUCUUUACUGAGCUGAUCAGCUCUAUGGAGAAAAAGCGCUCGGAGGUGACGGAGCUGAUCAGAGAUCAGGAGAAAGCUGAACUGAGUCGAGCUGAACGACUCCUGAAGCAACUGGAGCAGGAGAUUGCUGAUCUUAAGAGGAGAGUCUCUGAGCUGGAGCAUCUUUCACACACACACAAUGACGUCCACUUCCUCCAGAGUUUCCCGUCUCUCUGUGUUUCUCCUGGAUGUGAGGACUCACCCAGCUUCACUGUCAGUCAACAUCUCACAUUUGAUGGAGUGGCGAGAUUUUUACUAGAUCUGGAAAAACAAGCUAAGAAAAUCUCUGCAGAAGUUCAGAUGAUUUUGCCCUCAGAACUGGACAGCAGAGAAGAGUUUCUGCGGUGUGGGUAUUUCUGUUAUCUGACUCUGGAUCCCAACACAGCACAUCAUCAACUCAUUCUGUCUGAGGAGAACAGAGCAGUGACAUGCAGUGAGACAAAACAAGACUACUCUGAUCAUCCAGAGAGAUUUGAUGAGUGGGAACAAGUGUUGUGUAAGGAGAGUGUGUGUGGGCGUCAUUACUGGGAGGUGGAGUGGAGCAGUGAGAUAUUUGUGUACAUAUCAGUCUCGUAUAAAGAGAUUAGCAGAAAAGGACAGGAUACUAAAUGUGGAUUUGGACGCAACAAUCAGUCCUGGAGUCUGCAGUGUUCUUCUUCCUCUGUCUCUUUCUGGCACGAUGACCUUAAGACUGUGGUCAAAGAUCCAGCAUUCUCCAGAAUAGGAGUGUAUGUGGAUCACAGUGCAGGAACUCUGUCCUUCUACAGCGUCUCUGACACCAUGAAGCUCCUCCACAGUGUCCACACCACAUUCACUCAGCCUCUAUAUGCUGGGUUUUAUAUAUGGAAGAAUGCUUCCACUGUGAGGUUAUGUGAUCCACAAUGAAUGUUUGUAAAUAUAAGUUGAGAUUGACUUUUCUGACUAAGGAUCUUUUUUCUGCACAACUGUAAAUUGUUUUUUUCCUAAGUGAAGCUUUUCUAUGGUGUCUCAGGAGGUCUUAA